GACCAAGUCACGUGUGCGCAGGGGGCCAGGAACGGAGGGAGCGAGAAGGGGAAAAAUCAAAAGAGGGAAAGCACAUUAGACCAUGCGAGCUAAAUUUGUGAUCGUUCAACAUCAGGAUGUUAGAUUGAUGCAGAAGACCACUUCGAUCCAAAGGGAAAGUUUGCAUCUCACGAGUUUGGAGCCGAGGGCCCGUGGAGCAACAUGGCCGAAGCAGGGGCGAGUAAAGGUGGAGACGAGCCCGGGAAGCUGCCGGAGCAAGAAGAGGAGGAGGACUCCCAGGUUUGGCGUGGGACAGGCCAUUGCAAAUGGUUCAACGUGCGCAUGGGAUUCGGGUUCAUCUCCAUGAUCAGUCGGGAGGGCAGCCCUUUGGAGUCGCCGGUGGAUGUCUUUGUACACCAAAGCAAGCUUUACAUGGAAGGAUUUAGAAGCCUAAAAGAAGGAGAACCAGUGGAAUUUACUUUUAAGAAAUCUUCCAAAGGCCUUGAAUCAAUACGGGUAACGGGCCCAGGUGGGAGCCCCUGCUUAGGAAGUGAGAGACGACCCAAAGGGAAGACAGUACAAAAAAGAAAACCAAAGGGAGAUAGAUGUUACAACUGUGGUGGCCUUGAUCAUCAUGCCAAGGAAUGUAGUCUACCUCCACAGCCAAAAAAGUGCCAUUACUGUCAGAGCAUCAUGCACAUGGUGGCUAACUGCCCACAUAAAACUGUUUCACAACAGCCCACCAGUUCUCAGGGAAGAUACGAAGCAGAACCACAGCCUUCCACUUCUGUUUUCCUGAGAGAAGGGGGUGGGGCGUACAGCUAUUCAUCUCCAUCCUAUUCUCAGGAGGGAAGGUCAGAGAUCUCCGAGCGGUCUGGCAGGUCACCACAAGAAGCUUCCUUAAAAGAUACUGGAUUUGAUCUUACCUCAGAAGACAAUGUGAGUUUUUUCCUUCCCACAGUAAAUGUUAAAACCCAACAAUGUGUGCAUUUGCACACUAACAAGACGUAUAAUGAGAGAGUACAUUCUGGGAGGGAGAAAUUCAGGAGUUAUUUUUUGUAGUAAUUGUAGUUGAAUUUGGUACUAUAAAUCUCUAAAAUGUUCUGCUUUUUAUCACAUUUUGAAGACUGUCAAGCGUUAUAUGUAACUUAAUGCCUCUUUCACCCCUUUUCUUUGGUUCAGUUUUAUUUUGCACCAGUGCUAUCCUAGAGUUACUCUUUAGUUGUCCUUAGUUUUGUGAAUAGAGCCCCAUAAAAGUGUUUAUAGAUCGUGUAACAUUCUUUGUAAGAAGAAUUAUAAAGAACAUGGGAAAUCUCAUUGAGUCUUAAAAUUAAUUUAAAUUAAUUUAUCUCUAAGAAAUGUUUAUCAUAAAAAUUAUAUAUGUGUAUUCCCCCGUGCUAGAUAUAAAAAAAAUUGGGAAAGAUAUGUACAUGGGCAGAUGCACUGAUUUUAAUUUUCUAGAAGUCUUAAUGAAAUUUGAUUACUUGUUUUAGAAACAAGCAAAGCCUUGUUAAAUGCAUCUGCUCUUAUUUUGCUUAUAUAUCAACAGCCUCUUUAAGAUAUGUUGGUUGUGUUACCUCUGUCAUAACUAUUGACUAGUAACAAGAGGUCAAGCUAUGAACAUGCUUUUGUUUUAUACUUAAACAGGGCUGCAGUUUAACAGCUCUGAUAGCAUUUUUAUGAGAAUAUUAGAAAGUACCAAGCUAUUUACUAGCACUGUCAUUAAACCAAAUGUAAGACUAACCAGCUUUAAAACAGAUAACGGUUUUGACUACCUCUUGGAUUACUACAUUAAGCAACACUGGUUGACAAGUAUCACCAGUCUGACUUAAGCUAGUAUGUAUUGCUCAUGGUAAUAAUAACAAUAAACCAUAUUAGAGACCAAAGUGAACACUGAUUUCUAUAUGUCUUUGAUACUGUGUCUUAUCUAGUGUUUUUAAAUUAUCCUCUGUAGUAUAGAUUGCCUCAUUGUCCAUUUUGACUUGUAUGUUGUUUACAAGGUGAAAAUUUUUUUAAAAUCACUUGAAUUGUAUGUUUAAAAAAAGACUUGAGUUGAACGUUUGAAGGUCAUUUCACCUGUUUACUGUCUUCUGGACUAAAGCACUGAUUGCCUUUCUACAUAUCAUGUAUUUUAUAUUCUCAUUUCAUGCCUAAAGUCUUUUUUAUUUCUGUCAAUCAUGGAUAUUGUGAGGUUUAAAAGAAUUACUUGAUUAAAAAUAAAACAUAUAACA